CUACCGUCCCUGAAUGCAGCUGAGUGACGUCACUGCGCCUUUCCAAGCUCCGCCCAUCCUCAAUGGCGACCGCAUCGGAUCGGCUAAGCUCGGGGAGCGGAGCGCACUCCAAGCUGGGCCGCGUAGACUGACGCCAGCCGGGCUCCGAUGCGACGAAUACGCGCUCUUGUUGCCUACUAAAAUGGAGGAUAGUUUCGAUUGCGACUGUGGCGAGCUUGAGCCACCUGAUCAUUGAGGCUAACCAAUAACUCCAAUCUAAAGGUCAGGCUCUAAACCAUUUUGUCAGGAUCAGGAUAGUCUUUCGGAACCAUUGAAUCAAAAGUCAGUAAAAUCCCAUGAAGCUGCUCAGGACCAGUUCUACACUGUGAGGAUGCAACUCCAUGCUUCUCGAGCCUAACAUUGCCAUUUCAUUCCAAGAAGUAUCCAUCCCCAGGAGUGGAGUUGGACAUUUCAAUCUGUGGUCAUUCAAGAUGAAAAGCAAGUUAAACAAGGCCAAAGUGUCCGGUAUCUGACCGUGGCAACUGCACAGGGAGUACCUGGUCGUGGGGGUCCGUUAGCGCAGUUUGAAGGGGUCAUCUGCUAGCGUUGACCAUAGUUGAGAAAGCUCCAGACCGAACAUUAGUGAGGUUUGGUGCAAGAGCCUUAAAAGUCAACAUGGCAGAGAAGUUUGAGUCCCUAAUGAACAUCCACGGCUUUGACCUGGGCUCUCGAUACAUGGAUUUGAAGCCUCUUGGCUACGGAGGAAACGGCAUGGUCUUCUCAGCAGUUGACACCGACUGUGACAAGCGAGUGGCUGUGAAGAAGAUUAUCUUGACCGAUCCCCAGAGUGUCAAGCAUGCCCUGCGAGAAAUUAAAAUCAUACGACGCCUGGACCAUGACAACAUAGUCAAGGUCUUUGAAACUUUGGGCCCCAGCGGUCGCAGGCUAACUGAAGAUGUGGUGUCCCUGACUGAAGUCAACUCGGUCUACAUAGUGCAGGAGUACAUGGAGACCGACCUGUGCAAGGUGCUGGAUCGAGGCCUCCUGUCCGAAGGCCAUGCCAGGCUCUUCAUGUACCAACUCCUCAGGGGGCUGAAGUACAUCCAUUCUGCCAAUGUGCUCCACCGUGACCUCAAGCCCGCAAACCUCUUUGUCAACACAGAGGACCUGGUGCUGAAGAUUGGGGAUUUUGGUCUAGCCCGCAUCAUGGACCCCCACUACUCCCACAAGGGUCACCUGUCUGAAGGUCUGGUCACCAAGUGGUACAGGUCCCCCCGCCUGCUGCUGUCUCCAAACAACUACACCAAAGCCAUCGACAUGUGGGCCGCUGGCUGCAUCUUUGCAGAGAUGCUAACUGGGAAGACACUGUUUGCAGGAGCUCAUGAACUGGAGCAGAUGCAGCUCAUCCUGGAGUCCAUCCCUGUCCUGAGAGAGGAGGACUGUCAGGAGCUCCACAGUGUGAUACCAGUCUUCACCCACAAAGACAUGUCCAAGCCCCACAUCCCACUCAUCCAACUCCUGCCUGGCGUCAGUCCUCAAGCCCUGGACUUCCUGGAGAAGAUUCUGACCUUCAACCCCAUGGAUCGUCUGACUGCGGAGGAGGCUCUGGCUCACCCCUACAUGGCCGACUACUCCUUCCCCUUAGACGAGCCCAUCUCUCUGCACCCUUUCCACAUCGAGGAUGAAGUGGACGACAUCCUGCUCAUGGACCACAGCCACAGCCACACCUGGGACAGCAGGUACCAUGACAGCCAGUCGUGUAGCAGGUACCAUGACAGCCAGUUGUGUAGCAGGUACCAUGACAGCCAGUUGUGCAGCAGGUACCAUGACAGCCAGUUGUCAGAGCCCGACUGGCACCUGCACAGCACCCAUGACCCCGAUGAAGUCCAAGUGGACCCCAGGGGCCUCUCUGAUGUAACCCAUGAGGAGGUGGUUCAGGUGGACCCUCGCAAAUAUGCCGACGGAGAUCGGGAGAAGCUCUUGGAUGAGCCGUCCUUCGACUACUGGACUCUGCUCCCGUCUGAGCGCUCGUGGCAAGAUGAGCAUCAUGAGAACAAGUACUGCGACCUGCAGUGUAGCCACACUUGCAACUAUAAGGCCGAGUCUCCCUCCUACCUGGACAACCUGAUCUGGAGGGACAGUGAAGUCAACCACUACUAUGAACCCAAGCUCAUCAUCGACCUGUCCAACUGGAAGGAGCAGCAGAGCAAGGACAAGGCAGACCGCAAGGCCAAGACCAAGUGUGAGAAGAACGGGCUGGUGAAGGCCCAGAUCGCCAUGCAGGAGGCAGAGAAGAGCCAAAGUCCGGCAGAGAAAGACCGUGAGCAGGAGAAACAUCAGACGCAGAGUCAAGCAGGCUUCGACUUUGACUCCUUCAUCGCCAGUACCAUCAAACUGAGCCUCCAGCCCGAGCCCUGUCACGACGUGGGCCUCCUCAACGAGCUCAACUCCUCAGUUUCUCAGCUGGAGGCACCUCGGACGGGCUCCAUGUCCAAGUCCAUCAGUCAGGAGAAGGAGGAGAAGUGCCUGGUGAACCUGGCCCAGUUAGGCGGAGUCGGCAGUGACGGCCCUUGGUCCGCUCAUCCUUGGGAGAGCUUUGGCUCCGGCGAACGGGUGGCAGAGAACGGCUGUUUGAUCGACGAAGCAUGCAAAGAAGACCACUUCCAGAAGGACAGCACUUACACCAGCUACCUGGACCGCCUGUUCAGCCGCAAGGAGGAGGUGGUCGGCGAGUCCGUGGCCAGCCUGGAGGCCAGGGAAAGUGGCUUGGACGAGGGCUUCCUCAGCAGGAGCACAGAGAUCGUACUGAACAUGCAGCUGGACUUGGACAGCGCUGACGAGCUGCCUCUCAAGUCCAUCCAGGCGUCCCUCACGCCCUGUGCGGUCAGAUGUUCCCCUCAGAUCGCCCACAAGGCCUACAGCAGCAUCUUCAAGCAUCUUAACUAGGAACCCCUUUUGUUCUACUUGAAACCAUUUCAUAUCUUUGAAGAGGUGACGUUCCUUCUUCAGUCCUGUAGAUAGAAGGCUUUAGAGAUGAAGGGGAGAUGUCAGCAUCUGCUUCCUGUCAAGCCCUUCCAUACUGUAAAUGUGACACGUGAUGCCAGCAGCAACCAUUAGCGUUAUCUACCUCAAGGUAACACUCCAGGCCGCACUAGUGCUUUACACACCAUCUUUAUUUAUUGAUGCACCAAGUGUUCCUCUUUCUUCACGCCCAGGAACCUCCAUCACUUUCUUUUUCCAUCAGUCUUGUCCUACUGGAUAUUCUUUUAUUUAUAGUCUUAAUUUUGUCAAAGCAAAUGUCAGCCAUCCAAGAUUGUGUGCAUGGAGGCAGAAAAGUCCCUUUUGAAUUGGACCUCUUUUGACUUUUGUUGUCCUUUCUCCAGGCAAGCAUGAUCAUUUAGUUCCAGGUGUAGCAUGUAGGACAGACUUUUGUAACGAUCGCUUCUACUAAAUAAACCACUGGCCAACAAUC